GGGCCAGGGCUGCUGGAUGACCUGGCCUGCCCACCCCGGCUCCCUGAGAACACUUUCGCGGGAUCUUGCCCGCGGGGAAUGGUUUCUUAGAGCCCGCAAACUGCUGCCUAGUCGCGUGCUGCGAAAGGAAGUGUUCCUGUAAUGACCAAUCAGCGGCGAGGAGCCGUUUUAACGUCCCUCCCUUCUUCACCCCUCCUUCCCCGCAAUGUGGUCCGUUCCCUCUUCUGUUCGCUCCGGGUCUGCGCAGUGUGGCCCUAACGGGACGCCGUCACCCGCGAGCCCGCCUUGGAGUCCGGCGGCGACCCGUCUCCGCGACAUGUCUGGCUCAGAGGCUGAGUGGGUAACCAUUGCCAAUAACCUUCUUUUUAAAUGUCACAUACAUCUGAGGAUACACACACUUGAAGAUUGUGAUUCUAAUGUUUUUAUUGCUCUUUAUCAAUCCAUUUUGGGAGAAAAAGUACCCGACCUCAUAGCUAUUCCCAAGAGUCAAGAGGAUGAUGCCCACAAUGUACAAGCAGUGAUUGAUUCAUUGGCCUUGGAUUAUCUGCAAGUUAGCUUGUCUCACAUAACAGGAGAAAAUAUUGUGAAAGGAGACAAAGAAUCUAUCAGGAAUCUCCUAGAAAUAUUUGAUGGAUUGCUGGAGUAUCUUACAGAACACAUCAGUGAAACAUCUCAUGAGAAAAGUGAAACUGAACAGUAUUUUAAAGAAUCCCAUGAAGGAGAACCUUUGGAAGAGCUAGAAAGCACUAAGGAGUCCAAAUCAUCAUGGAAAAGAGUUUCUUUUGGGAGGAGCUCCUCCUCACCUGAGGCUUUGGGACCCUCUUGGGAUGAAGAUGAAGCAGAAUCCACUGGUGAAAUAAUUAGACUCGGAGACACAGCACACACCUUUUCUCUAAGAAGUAAUGGUGCUCAAAGUCCUGUCCACAAGCAGUCUAAAAAAAUGUCACCCUCACCAAUUGCAAAACUACAUGAAGAUAUGUUAAACCCUCCCUCGUCUAGUUUUCUGUUUAAGGAUAGGACAUCCUUUGUUGAAGAUAUGGAAACCCCUUCUGUGAGUAUGGUUCCAAGCGCUAGAAAGCUAGGGGAGCCCAUCCGAGCAGCUAUUCCUUUACAUCCACCCUACCACCCUUCAGAACCUCGAGCACCCUGCCCUAUAGGAAAAGAAUACCUGCGUGCAAGUCACUUCUCCCCUGCUGGGAAUUCAUCUGGAGAGCACACAGCAUUUUCUGAACCAGAUGAUAGAGUUAUCUUAACUUCCAAGUUGCCUGACGAUAGUGAACAGGAAGCCUAUCCAACUCGGGUCCCCAGCCCCAGAACAAGGAAGAUUCCCAAAGGAAAAAGAAGUGAAAACAGAGCUGCAGUCUCAUCAUGGGAUUCACCUUCCCCGCAGAGGUCAAGAAAGAGGUUAACAGAACAAGAACUACAUGCAGUGUCAGAGAAACUCUCUCAACGGUUCUGUGAGCUAGAUUGGAUGUUAAAAAGUGCUCUGGGUGAUCGAAUUAAAGAAAAGACUGUCUAUGAAGAAGAUAUUAUAAACAAAGAGAUGGAGAAUGGAAAUGAGGAGACACUUUCUCAACAUAGUGACAGCAUCAUGGAAUAUGAGCCAAAGAAGCUAAGGCCAGGAUUUCCCAAGCACAAAAAGCCACCUUACAGAUCCCAUUCGCUUUCUCCAUCUCCAGUUAACAAACACAAACAGUUCCAGAUAGAGAGAAGGCGGCAGCGUAAGCCAAAAGAAACAGAUAUCCGCCAUUUCCAAGCAAAGGCAUUAACUGAAGCAUUUGAAAGGGAGCUAAGAAGAAAUAAAAUUCAAGACAAUAUUGGAUCUCAAAGGAUAAAUGAGGAGGAGGAGGAGGAAACAGGAAAAAUAUACAGAGAAGUCAUUCAUACAAGAACUCCCAAACAUAGUCAGCCCUGGAAGAUUUACUCCAGAAAAUCCACAACUCAGAGUUCAAGAGGUGGCUUCCACAGGCCAAAUAAAGCAGCUCCAAUGAAAGUAAAUGAACACAGUCUCUUGCCCCUUAUGCUGGAGCAGUUUCCAUUUCUCUAUGUUUCUGGCCCAACACUAAGCAAAAUGUGGAAACAACAAAUUGCACAUGUUGAACAGCUCAAUAAAGAGGCACACAGGGACAGUCGAUCAAAGAAGAAACUCCAGGAUGAAAUAGAAGAAGCCCUGAGAAGGCAUGAAAUCCUCACUUCCCUUGUCAAGAAAGAAUAUGAACAUAACAAGAGACUGCAAGACUUCAAGGACUGCAUUUAUAGACAGAGGUUGACCCAAUCAAAAAUAAAAGAAAAUCGUCAGCAAAUUAUUCGUGCCCGAAAAUAUUAUGAUGAUUAUAGAGUUCAGUUGCGCGCAAAAAUGAUGAGAAUGAGAACCCGGGAAGAAAUGAUAUUUAAGAAGCUGUUUGAGGAAGGUUUACAAAUUCAGAAACAAAGAUUACAAGACCUGAGAAACUAUGCCAAAGAAAAAAGAGACGAAGAAAAGAGACAGCAUCAGAAUGAACUGGACUCGAUGGAGAACUACUAUAAGGACCAGUUUUCAUUGCUGGCAGAAGCCAUAUCACAGGAACGUCAAGAACUCAAAGCCCGAGAGAAAUUCCAGGCUCAGACAUUACAUAAGGUAAAGAGGGAGCUGAGAUCUAAGAUGGAGAAGGAAAUUCAGCAACUACAGAACAUGAUAACGCAGAAUGACGAUGACGCUUUCUUCCGGGAACUGGAAGCUGAGCGCUUCAGAGCUCGGCUGCAGCUGGCUUCUCUUCAGUAUGGUCGGAAUCCCUUCUCAUGAGGCCAGAUUUCAUAGGUGAGGUUUCUGGAGGCCUUUACCAGGACAGAGCUAGAACUGAGCCAGUAAACAGUCUGAAACAGAAGAAUUUUUUUAAAUGCCUUAUCUGUGUAUUCAUUCCAAUACUCAUAAUUUUUUUAAAUAAAAAUGUUUUCUUAAAGCUUA